AAAUACGAAAAAUUUAACAUCGCACGUCAAAAGUAUAUGUAGAAACAUUCACAUAAUUAUGUCCACAGGAGUGGUUUGUCCAUCAUUGUAAGAGGCCUUAUGUACAAAAGACGCGUACUAUUACCUGCUGCAGAAGAAAUAUGCAACUGCCAAUUUUUUAGCUACUCCUUACAACCAUCUGGCCGUAAAACAUACGAGUAUUUUACUUGCCGAAUAUUCUUAUUCAUUUAAAUUGCGGAUUAGUAAAUAAAUUUGGUACUGUUAUGUUGAACUUGCAUUCAUGUCACAAUGAAACUGAGUGUGAGUGCGUAUCGCGCACACGCAUCAGCACACAAAAAAAUUCUUUCGAGCGGAUACCAUUCCCAACUCAAUUACGGCAGUACAGGUGCGGCAGUUUCUUCUUCUGCUGUCUUGCAAAUGAUGGACCCCAACGAAGGCGCAAUGUCAUUCGCCAAAGAUCACCGAGGGGCCGAGUGCAAUAGUGACACGGAUAUUGUGAGUCCCUCUGGUACUAGCAGCUCGGGCCAGGAGCGGACGGGCGCUAUCAGUAAAUCUCAGCCACGCGGAAGUGACGAUGAUAAUAGUACUGUAACUUAUUCCGAUAUAAAAAGUCCUGGACAAAAGAAAUCAGAUAAUGGAGAUAGGCAUUCAGACCCAGAUUCUGAUUGGAACCGAUCAAAUCAACGAUGGAUGAAGCUCAGAACAACAGUACAAAUAUCUUCAGCAAUACAGAAAAAACCGCCGUUAAAACGUGAGGACUCUUUUUUAAAACGUUUUUCAACACGGCAAAUUCCAGAAGCGCAGGAAACGGUUGAGGACACUGGAUCAGAGAGUGCAUCUGGUGGAACUGACAAAAGUGUAAAGCGUCGGCGGCGAUUUCUACACAAGCGACGGUCUGUUGUCAAUCCUGAUGAAAACUUUUAUUUCUAUUGGCUAAUGAUACUUACGGUAUCCGUUUUGUAUAAUUUAUGGGCUCUAAUUGUACGGCAAAGCUUUCCCGAACUACAGCAAGCUGUUCCUAUAUUUUGGUUCGUUUGUGAUACGCUCACGGAUGUUGUCUUCAUAUUCGAUAUCGUCGUUCAGCUACGUACAGGAUAUCUGGAACAAGGAUUGAUGGUCUAUGAUGAUAAAAAAUUGGCACUUCACUAUAUUCAUUCCACAGAUUUUGUUUUCGAUAUGAUCUCGUUAGUUCCUUUGGAUUUGAUACAACUGAAAAUUGGUUCACAACCUCUUUUACGAUUUUCACGAUUUUUUAAGGUAUAUCGAUGCGUCAAAUUCUAUUACAUUGUUGAAAGUAGAACUGUUUGGCCAAAUUUGUGGCGCGUAAUAAACUUAAUACACAUUCUUCUAAUUUUGGCGCAUUGGUUCGGUUGUUUUUAUUACCUAUUAUCGGAAGCCGAAGGAUUUCAGGGUGACUGGGUAUAUCCCUACAGACCAGGCGAUUAUGCUACAUUGACGAGGAAAUACCUUGGGAGCCUUUAUUGGUCAACGCUCACUUUAACUACAAUCGGAGAUCUACCUACACCUGAAACAAAUGCAGAACCAAAUUUUUCAGUGGACGGCCCAAGGUCUAUACCAAGACGUGGUAUAAGAUCUAGAUUACUACAAUUCGGUUCUAAUUAUGGGUACAUUUUUACAAUUGUAAGCUAUCUUAUUGGAGUAUUUAUUUUUGCAACCAUUGUGGGCCAAGUAGGAAAUGUGAUAACCAAUCGUAAUGCUAACCGUUUGGAAUUCGAGCGGCUAUUGGAUGGAGCCAAAACUUACAUGCGUCAUCAUAAGGUUCCAGGUGGAAUGAAACGACGGGUCCUUCGUUGGUACGACUACAGCUGGUCUAGAGGGCGUAUCCAGGGAGGUGGUGAUAUAAAUACAGCUUUGGGUCUAUUGCCGGAUAAGCUAAAAACAGAACUAGCGUUACACGUUAACUUGAGUGUCUUAAAGAAAGUCACUAUAUUUCAAGAGUGCCAACCAGAAUUUUUACACGAUUUGGUUUUGAAAAUGAAAGCAUACAUAUUUACACCAGGAGACUCUAUCUGUCGGAAAGGUGAAGUAGCGAGGGAAAUGUUUAUAAUAGCUGAUGGCAUACUGGAAGUACUUAGCGAGACAGGAAAAGUAUUAACCACAAUGAAAGCAGGCGAUUUUUUUGGCGAAAUAGGAAUUCUAAACUUGGAUGGCCUUAAUAAGCGCACCGCCGAUGUCCGUUCAGUUGGCUAUUCAGAACUCUUUUCACUAUCCCGGGAGGAUGUACUUGCCGCUAUGAAAGACUAUCCAGAAGCACAAGAAAUUUUACAAACUCUUGGUCGUAAACGACUAAUGGAAGUGCGGUGUGUAAAUAAGAAGUAUGCGAAAGCACAAAGUAACAAAGAUCAGUCGGACCAUCAAACUGUAUAUAGCAAUAUUAAUCGAAGUGACAGUAGCGAAAAUAGUGCCUCAAAAAAAAUUGUGUACAAAUUAAGAAACGAUGUAAAAGGAAUACGAAGCCUUCUUAAAAAUGCAAGGACGAGCAGAAGAAGUGAUGAAUCGCUAGAAAUGCAACCGCUACAUGAAAUUUCAAAUAAAGGAAAUAAAACAGCUUUGAAGAGAAUGUCACAUGUGCGGUCAGAAGAGAAGGAGGAAAUUAAAGAAAAAGUCCAUCAAGACAAAACACCGAGUCCAAUUGGUGCUGGACUGCCAUUACUUCAAAGGCUACGUUUACUCAAAGAGAAGCAAGACCGGGAGGAGAGGGCGGUCAAACCAACGAUACAACAUCAGAUAUCCCCACCUCACACACAUGUUGCUAGCGCCUUAUCGCCACAGGAAUCAAUUCAAGAAGAACCCGAGACUGAAGUUAAUGAGGUCCUUCCGCUGAUGCAAAGGCUACAGUUGUUAAAAAAUAAGCAAGAAACGAAUUGCGGCGAUAUAAAAUCCGGAAUCAAAUCUAAUGCGGCUGUGUCUCUGAAGCAGAAGAUCCAAAUGCUUAAUUUAGCCGGAGUGACAAACCCUGAUUCUUUGGAAAGUAAGCCAAAAGAAGAUAAAUCACCUACCAUUGGAGAUGUCAGCCAAACAAAUCCCCUCAGAGUACGUGAAGAACAAAAUCAGAUUAAACGCAAUCAAGGUGCAAUUAGUAAAUCGCCCAAGGCGGUAUCAGGAAAGUCAUUAAAAUUCAUAAAGCCGUCCAUGAACACCUCAUCAGAGCGCUCAGAUAGUGAUAUAUCCAUUAAGCCAUGGUCCAAAUUAAAAUCAGCUACGUUAAUAUCAACAAGCUAUAAUAAUUUAGCUAAAUUUUCCCCAGGAGAUUCUGACAUAGAAGUAAAAACAUUUUCUUCAAAUGACACAACUCAAACGCUAACCUCUGUUACAACAUCUACACGAGCAGCAGCAACAUCAGAUCUCAAUACAACACACGCAAAAGCUUUUGAUCAUUUGCGAAAACAAAAUAAACUAACAACUGCAAGUAAAAACGGCGAUGGUAAAAAAUGUUAUCACUCUGUUUUCGACUUGUCGCCCGAGUAUAGUGGAUUGCCAUUUGUAAAGCGGCUGAAAAUUUUAAACGAACGUCAGAAAUUAGCCGAACUUGAAAAAGUUGUACAAAUGCGAAGUUUUAGUUUGGAUAGUUCCAAAACCAGUAAUCAAAUCGCUAUAUCAGAACCUUUGUACCGGUGUUUCAGUGACACAUCUGGAAUGUACUCACAAUUCCUCUCAGCAUAUGAGUCCAGUUCAUCCACAUCUACAAACACACCUAUGUCAACUACCUAUAAUCAAAAGGGAGACAGUUACAUACCACCCGCUUAUUUACCUCUUAGUCCAGAACAAAAUGAAACUCCUGAACGUCGUAAAUUGAAAUGCAUUUUAACAAAAUUGCAUCGCAGUACAGAAGAAAGUAAAAGUCCUGCAACUGGUCGAAAUGAGGAUUCAACAACAAUGGACAUGUUCAGCAAUAAUUCCUUAAGGGAGCCAACAUUGGAAGGUCCGCCCAACAGCGCCCAGAAGGCGAUCCAAGAUGAAUCCUAUAGUGGCUUGCGGCCGUCUAGUGAGCAGCGUGACAAAGCUCUGCUCAAAUCUCCUUUGCCUGUACUUGCGGCUUCUAACUUCGAAAAAUAUCCCGAAAAUCGAGCCUUCAUUGAACCUUUUAUGAAAGCUGAGUUGAAACAUCGAAACGCCAUCCAAUCCAAUAAUGAUCUGAUGCAACAUUCUUCAAUUUCUUCAAACAGUAAUCAACGUACAACAAAACGGAUGAAAACAACAAUUGCAGAGUCUUUGAGAACAGAAGAUAUUCUAAAUAUGGAAGAGAAUUUCAGUAGAGUUUGGAGUGAAAUUAAUAAUGUUAUUAAGGAGCACAUUACUGAAAUGCAUUUAAAAUUCGAAUUACAGUUUUCGGUAAUGGCGCGAGAAGUACGAAAACGCGAUGAAAUUAUCGCGAAUUUGCAGACAAAAAUUAGAAAUAUUGAACUGAAAUCAUCCUCGCCUCGGAAAAAAACAGAAUUUAUGAAUCAAGAUAAACUAAAUACUUUAUGGGAUGAUGCGGAUCCGAAGUCAGAUGACCACGGUAGUUCGAGUUCAUCAGCAGAACUUUUGUUUAUGCGAGGUGACUCAUCGGAUACAGUUUUUUUGUCAUCUCCACCGCAAAUUCAACGAUAUGGCUCUUCGCCUAUUUUUAAUAAGUUCUAUAAGAAUUCAUCUGGAUACAUUUCAACCCGCAGUUUGAAUAAAAACAAAUCGGCGGAAAAUAUUGCAAUUGAGAAGCAACAAAAAGGAAAUUACAUAGUAACUGUUUCAGAUGUAACUGGAAAUUUAAAAAGGCCAGACAAUGUUGUCCUAGACAUUGGUGAUAGUUCGAGCUCUAGUUCAUCCUCAACCAAACUGAAUGUUAAAUAUGAAGAUUCGGAGCAAAAAAAUGUCGAAAGUGUGUUUGAAAACGUUCAUCAUAACGAUUGGGAAUUGAAAAUGCUUGCUGUGGAAAUGGCCAAACAAGAAAGGAAGCGGGCAAAUUCCACAGAUUUUAAAUAUAGCAAUUCUACUUUACGUCGGCGUCGAAAAUUUAGUGAUACUGAGACCGAUAUUAGUGAAGCAGAUGCGGAUGCUGAAGCUUUAACCUUAUCCAGACCUAGAGCUUCAAGUUUAGAUCAAUUUAAUUUAAGAUACGGUGUUGGAAAAGGCGUUUUUAAAGCAAUAAGUAUUGAUCGUGAUAAAAACAAGCUUUGAGGUUUGCCAAUAUACUAUCUAGGAAUAAAUGUAUUGAUAAAAUCAGGUAACAAGUUUCCAUGGGCUUGAGAAAAGUUAGCGAAUAACAAAGAUGUCUGCAGUGCAGGACCGAGGUAAUGAUACAAAAGUAAUCUGAAUCCUGUUAGCAAUGCUAAUAAUCUGAUGGAAAAAUGUUAUCGUCAAAAGAUGUUUCCAAAUAAAAAGAGAAUACGUAGUAGAGAAGCGUUACGCUUUUAUCUCGGAACCCGUGAAAGCUACGUGGUUGGUUGGUUAUAGUGCUUCCCAUUAGACAACGCUCAAGUCAAUUAAAUCACAGAGGCACCAUUUUAUGGCACUGUUCGUGGAUAGUAAUACAUAUGUUAUUGGUGCUAA